UUGUAUAACGUAUGCAUAUAAGCAUAUUAUAGCCGUGUAAUAGCAAUGUCAACAGUAGACGAGGCUUAUGGGCGGUCGAUAUCUACCUACCCCAUUAAGAGCUCUACUAAGGUGAGAAAAUAUUACAACUCAUGGGCGAAUAAAUAUGAUGAUGACUUGACAGCCAUGUCGUACCGCGCACCUGAUGCAGCAGUUGGUAAAGCAGCAACCCUUUUAUCCGAAGAGCAAAAGAAAGUGUUUAAAGUACUUGACCUAGGAUCAGGAACAGGGUUGGUUGGUGUUUCCCUACGUAAGUUUGGAUUUCAAGGAGAGGUUACAGCGCUGGAUGGCGCUGCGGAAAUGUUACAGUUGGCCAAGAAAAAAAAUAUUUACAACGACUGUCACCAGCACAUUCUUACUUUAAAUCACCCCCUCCCCUAUCCUGACGAUAAUUUUGACUUGAUCAUUUCCGUUGGAGGGUUUGGAAAUAACAUGAUGCAACCGGAUUGUUUACAGGAAGUAUUUCGAGUACUAAAACCUGGUUGCUUUUUCGUUCUCACCAUUCGUCUGCACAGCAAAUCAAACGAAUAUCGAGACCGCUUAAAUAAGGAACUGAAACAACUGGAAGCAAACGGCUUAAUGCAAGUAGCUUCAAGGGAAGCGUUCAUGCAAUAUAACUGGAAAGGUGUGACGAGUGAUCAAGGAUUAGAUUUUAACGAUCAGUUUGCAGACGUUUAUGCUAUGUUAAAAAAUCAACUUUGACUUAUUUUUAUUCACAUGAGUGCUCAACCAUAUUUAUUAUAAAUAGAUUGUAUAUUGUUACCAUAUAAUGACAUAGUUUUUGCUAUUAAAAUAUGUUCCAAUGUAGCGUUUUAGGUUA